CAAAACCAACAACCACAAGAAAAGCACAAAGCCUUAAAAACUCCUAUUAAUUCCCUUCACUUCUAUCACUUACCACAAAACACACAACUAAAAAACACUACUUCUCUUCGAAAUCUAUACUUAUCGAUCUUUGAUCUUUCGAAAAAGAGUGAAAAUGACGACUAAUGUUAGUUUCCAACAAGCACUAACUGUUGAAUCUUCAAGUAUAGUGAAACAAGCUUUGAACUUAGCUAAAAGAAGAGGACAUUCACAUGUAACUCCUCUUCAUGUAGCAAGUGCAAUGUUAGUUUCCUCUUCGUCUACGCUUUUAAGAAAAGCUUGUUUUCAAACAAAUUCUCAUCCAAUUCAGUACAAAGCCCUUGAACUUUGCUUCAAUGUAGCACUCAAUAGGCUUCCUACCUCUGCAUCUAAUCCGAUUCUCGAGCCUCAUGUUCACCCUCCUUUUCUUUCUAAUGCCUUAGUUGCUGCAUUUAAGAGGGCACAAGCCUAUCAACGUCGCGGUUCAGUAGAGAAUCAGCAACAACAACAGCACCUCAAAGUAGAAAUUGACCAGCUGGUUAUUUCAAUUCUUGAUGAUCCUAGUGUUAGCAGAGUUAUGAGUGAAGCUGGUUUUUCUAGCAUCCAACUAAAAACCAAUGUAGAACACGCUAUUUCUUCCGAAAAUAGCACAAAACAGAUGGUCAUAGCAUCAGGAAACAACCUCAAGUUGUCACUAUGCAAAUCAGGUGAUGAUCCCAGUGUUAGCCAAGUCAUGAGGGAAGCCGGUUUUUCUAGCAUCCAACUAAAAACCAAUGUAGAACACGCUAUUUCUUCCGAAAAUAGCACAAAACAGAUGGUCAUAGCAUCAGGAAACAACCUCAAGUUGUCACUAUGCAAAUCAGGUGAUGAUCCCAGUGUUAGCCAAGUCAUGAGGGAAGCCGGUUUUUCUAGCAUCCAACUAAAAACCAAUGUAGAACACGCUAUUUCUUCCGAAAAUAGCACAAAACAGAUGGUCAUAGCAUCAGGAAACAACCUCAAGUUGUCACUAUGCAAAUCAGGUGAUGAUCCCAGUGUUAGCCAAGUCAUGAGGGAAGCCGGUUUUUCUAGCAUCCAACUAAAAACCAAUGUAGAACACGCUAUUUCUUCGGAGAUUUCUUGCAAAAAUAGCGCAAAAUCGAUGGUUCUACCACCAGGAGAUAACCUCAAAUUGUCACUAGGCAAAUCAAGUGAUGAUCAAAUCAAGAAUGAUGAUGUGAUGAGUGUUAUAGAAACAAUGAUGAACAAGAAAAGGAGAAACACAGUUAUUGUAGCAGAGUGUUUAGCUAAUGCUGAAGGGGUUGUUAGAGGAGUUGUCGAUAAGUUCGAUAAAGGAGAAGUAUCAUCACACAUGAAACAUGUUCAGUUCAUAAGUGUUCCACUUUCUACACUGAGAAAUGUCUCGAAAGAAGAAUUCGAUGCCAAGAUUAGAGAGCUAAGGAUUUUACUAAAAAGCUGUAUACACAGAGGGGUUGUUUUAUAUUUAGGUGAUCUUGAAUGGAUAUCUGAGUUUUGGACUAAAGUACACAAUGAGCAAAAAAACAACUACAUGAUAUUGGAGCUUAGUCGAUUGUUAUGUGGCGAAAUGAGUGAAAACGGAAGGCUAUGGCUUAUGGGAAUUGCUAGUUUUCCGACUUAUACGAAAUGUAAAACUGGCUGUCCUUCUCUACAGACUCUUUGGGAUCUUCAUCCUCUUACACUCCCGGAUGUCAGCUUGGAUCUCAACCUUAACCUCGAAAGUUCUGUCCACAAGCAUGAUCAUAACUUUAUAGACAAAGGCUUUUUUAGUCCAUCUUCAUCAUCUCCUUGUUCCUCUACUUCGAUUUCUUCUUCAUCGAAGAAAGAACAUCAAUUCUUGAAUACAAAGCCUGAACUUCUAUCGAAUCCCAAUUCGAUUCCUAAUUCAGCUUCAUCAAGUGAAGCAAGUGGACAUAUUGAGCACUUAGAGCUAUGUUGCUCUGACUCUCCAGAAAUGUUGUUGCACUCGUGUCAGAUCCUUCAGAAAUGCACGCACUCAUCAACAUUUUUGAACAGUUCGAGCAACGUGAAGAUUCUUUGCAAGGCAUUGGAGGAAAAAGUUCCAUGGCAAAAAGAUAUCAUUCAUGAUAUAGUAAGCACAAUUCUUGAACGUAGACACAAAAAGGAAGAAACUUGGCUUUUGUUCUUAGGUGUUGAUUCUCAUGGCAAAGAGAAAAUUUCAAAAGAGUUAGCUAAAAUAAUCUUUGGCUCUCAAGAUUGUUUCAUUUCCAUUGGAUUAAGUACAUUUUCAUCAUCAACAAGAACAGAUUCAACUGAUCAAGAAGUCAAUAACAAAAGAUCUCGAGACGAGCAAGGUCGGAGUUAUCUCGAGAGAUUUACAAAUGCAAUUCAAGAAAAUCCAAGGAGAGUGUUCUUCAUGGAAGAUAUGGAUCAAGUUGAUUCUUUUUCACAAAAGGGUAUUCAAAAAGCUAUUGAAAGUGGAAAAUUAACACUUCCUAAUGGUGAUUUAGUGUUAAUUAAAGAUUCUAUAAUCAUUUUCAGCUGUGUAGAGUACUUUAGUUCAAUUUCAAGAACAUGUUUUCCUACAAAUAUUCAGAAAUUUAGUGAAGAAAAUAAUGCUUCAUUGGAUUUGAAUAUUGCCAUUGGAGAAAAUAGGGAUGAAAAACAAAUUAUGUUCAAGAUUUGAGUAAUUA